UAUCAGCUGUUCUCGUUGGAAUAUCGCUAUCUGGCCAUCGGGCGUUGUACGGAACGCAGGAACCCGAGGCCCCCACGUAAUCACGCGAGUGAAGCAUUUGUGCAAUCGAAGUGAGAAACUUCAGGCACUAAACGAUUGCGCGACGAUCGUCGGUGAUCAUCAAAUCCUCCAGCUACUCCGGAUUCUGACGGGCAACGGGAAGCAUCGUGUUUGAUUGGUAGUGCCGCGGUAGUUACAUAACGUUAAGAUUGUGCUCGACCGUAAAGUGAUCCGCCGAACAUGGCAAGAAACAUUCUAAACAUUGCCAAAUAUACCGGAACGAUUCUCGGUCGGCAGCAGUGCCGCUGCUUUUCGGAUGCCUCGGCACAGUUUCCUAAAAUUACGACCCAUUACACGAUAAAACCACGAGACAAGGACUCGCGAUGGACGGAGGUCGACAUGGAACGAUUCGUCGAUGAGGCGGACAUCCUUAUCGUCGGUGGAGGACCGGCCGGUCUUUCUGCCGCUAUUCGCGCGAAACAGAUAGCAACAGAAAGCGGCCAAGAGUUGCGAGUGUGCUUGGUGGAGAAGGCAGCCGAGGUCGGGGGCCACAUACUGUCCGGUGCCUGUCUUGAUCCGGUAGCACUGAACGAACUGAUACCGGACUGGAAAGACAAGGAAGCUCCACUAAACACACCGGUAACACACGAUAAAUUUUCCUACCUCACCGCGUCCGCCAAGCUACCGAUUCCCGUAUUUCCGGGAUGGCCGAUGGAUAACCGAGGAAACUAUGUGGUCCGGCUCGGGCACGUUGUCGCCUGGCUAGGCCAGCAGGCAGAAGCGCUCGGCGUCGAAAUAUAUCCCGGAACGGCGGCCGCUGAAGUGCUGUUCCACGAAGACGGUUCCGUGAAGGGUGUUGCAACUGGCGACGUUGGAAUAGCGAAGGAUGGUGCACCGAAGGACACGUUCGCACGGGGCAUGGAACUGCACGCCAAGACGACGAUCUUUGCCGAAGGUUGCAGAGGGCAUCUGUCGAAACAGCUAAUGGCCAAGUUCGGGUUAAACGCCCAAAACGAACCACAAACGUACGGCAUCGGACUGAAGGAGGUUUGGGAAAUUCAACCCGAAAACCACCAUCCCGGGCUGGUGGAACAUACGAUCGGGUGGCCACUCGACAAGAACACAUACGGUGGUUCCUUUCUGUACCACCUGAACGAACCGACGCCACUGGUGGCCGUCGGGUUUGUGGUGGGGCUCGAUUACGUCAACCCGUACCUAAGUCCGUUCCAGGAGUUUCAACGCUUCAAAACACACCCGAAAGUGCGUGGUACGUUCGAGGGUGGCAAUCGCAUCGCUUACGGUGCCCGGGCGUUGAAUGAGGGCGGUUUUCAGAGCAUUCCUAAACUCACGUUCCCUGGCGGUUGUUUGGUUGGUUGUGCGGCCGGUUUCAUGAAUGUGCCACGCGUCAAGGGAAGUCAUUACGCGAUGAAGAGCGGUAUGUUGGCAGCGGAGAGCGCGUGCGACGCGAUCCUUUCUGGUGCGGCACAGGAAACAGUUGGACUGGAACCGAAACAUUAUCCGGAACGCAUCAAAGAAUCGUACGUGUGGAAGGAUCUUUACAAAGUGCGCAAUUCUCGACCCAGUUUCCACACGGGUCUUGGGCUGUACGGAGGAGUGGCUUACAGCGGUUUCAGCAUUCUUGUUGGAGGCCGCGAACCAUGGACCCUACACCACGGUUCUCCCGAUCAUGCCCGCCUUCGGCCAGCCAAAGAGUGCCAACCGAUUGAGUAUCCAAAACCGGACGGAAAGAUUACGUUCGAUCUGCUCUCGUCAGUCGCCCUGACCGGCACCAAUCACGAGGGUGACCAGCCUGCUCAUCUGACGCUCCGCGAUGAUACGAUACCGGUGGCGAAUAAUCUUGCAAUCUACGAUGGUCCCGAGGCGCGCUUCUGUCCUGCCGGUGUAUACGAGUUUGUGGCGAAUGAUGAAGGUGGCAACAUGAAGCUGCAGAUUAAUGCUCAAAACUGUAUCCAUUGCAAAACGUGUGACAUUAAGGAUGUGACCCAAAACAUCAACUGGGUUGUCCCGGAAGGUGGUGGCGGACCUGCCUACAAUGGAAUGUGAGCAGCACAACAGGUUGUCGAAAUUUCGUUAUGUCUCUGCAAGGCGCGAGCUGUGUGCCGAGUCGAAUUUAUUUUUGUAAGCAAUAAAGUUGUCCGUGUACAAGUGAAAGCCUCCGCGGUGUGGAAUGGACUAUUUUUC